AUGUCUUCCCCUUCACCUCUUCAUCCUUAUCAUCCAGCAACACAAAACCUAGAAGUCAUUCAAUGGCGGAGCGAGAGGUAUUACAGACGGAGAGUUCCAUCGACUAACACCAACAAAAGAUCGCCACCACCAUCGUUUGUUGUUGCCGCCGAUCUCCACCAUCAAUUGGAGAGUUCCGCCGUUCUCUACCCUCAAUCGACGUCUAAUUCUUUACACAUUCUCCUCCCUCUCGAUGUUGCUAAUCUGAUAUUCUCCUUUCAUAUCCAAAGGAGAAUCCUCAUUUCUGGCUCCAUACAUUACCCGAGAAGCACCCUUGAAGCAGCUAUACAAGGAUUCACACAGAAAAUAGUUGGGAUGCUGAAGGCUGAAAACCUGUUUGAAUCACAAGGAGGUCCAAUCAUCCUCUCACAGAUUGAAAAUGAGUAUGGUGUACAAGGGAAGUCAUUUGGAGCAGCCAUAAAAGCGUACAUAAAUUGGGCUGUAAAAAUGGCAGUUGAACUGAACAUUGGAGUCCCAAUGUGGAGCCAUCAACCGUAG